GAGUCAAAUUACGCGGAAAAGAUCGUGGCCAACCGACACAGCCCCCUGGGUCAAAGAAAUAAAGAUAUCCCAGGGGGCAAAUACCCAAAGUUUAUAAAGCGGCCGUUCGCGCCUGAACGUUUUGUGAACCGAAGACGGUUCCACUCGGAUCGUACCCGGAGGCUAACGUCUCCAGUUGCUGUUGACGAAAACAUUGACGUAGCUGGCAUCGCAAUAUUACGACGAUACAGUGAAAUACUGAUGUCUCAUGAUAAACCUUUCUGCUGUGACUUUUGUCCUUGUCAAAGUUCGAUAUGUCUUCUAUAUGCAUUUGAAGCUGUUGACUGGGAAAGAGAAAAAAUAUUAGCUCCCACUUCAUUCUGCUAUAAAGCCUGUAUAAAACGAGGUCAAAAAUCAGUUCAAGCUGUAUUACGUCCUAUGGGCGAGGUGCAAUAUGUGAUCGUUUCCACAGUACCCAAUGCUGAGGAUACCAACUACAUGACUAGAAAAUUAAUAGAAGAAUAUGGGAAAUUACAGUUUGGAAACAUAAACUGUGAUCCUCCCACCUCAAUUACUCGGCAUCAGGAAUCACAUUCAAACCACUCCAACACCCACGCCUCCCUGCAGUUACUCGUGUAUCCAAUAAUAGAGCUGACGUGCGCCGAGCACAAGGCAGAUUCUAGAAUUUGA